CGUUCCCCAGAGGGCGAUACCGUCGCGCAUUCUGAUUGGCUGUUGAUAUUUCUGUGCUCUUGUUGUUUACAUUUCAAAACGGGACUUUUUAUCACAAACUUCGGCGAUUUCAUUCUCGUAUUAAUUUUCAACGAUAUUUCAUUAAUUUCGUACAUUUCGUGGUGUUUUUUUUAGUGUUUUUGAUUAAUAUAUGACUUCUAGUAUCGUUAUAUGUUGUGAAUAAUGAAUAUUACCUCGAGUUACAGUGUUUUAGUGAGCUUAGAAGGAUGAAACAAAGUUGCACGAUUAAAUGAAUUUAAAGUUCUUUGCAAGUGUUAUUUUAAUUCACCACAACAUUUACUCGAUAGCACGAUCGCAAAGCAAUUCUCUAUACGUAAAUUUAGUUUUAUUCAAUGUGAAAUAAUGGAAAUAUAACAUCGAAUUUGAAAUCGCCGAAGUUUGUGAUAAAAAGUCCCGUUUUGAGAAGUAAACAAGGAAGGCACAGAAUAUCACUAGCCAAUCACGUACCGCGACGGUAUCGCCCUCUGGGGAACGUGGAAGUCCGAAUGAAAAGAAACGAAACAAGAAUCAUCGAAGUCGAGCGGCGAGCGCCAGUGUCACAUACACUUCACACUAGAAAAGUUCUGAUUGGUUUAUGAUAAAGUUUCCGUUCAUUUUAACCAAUCACAUUUCAGUUUACUCAGUUUUAAUUUUCAAAUCAUAGAGCUCACUAGCGCAGGUAGAAGAAGAAAAGUUCUUAUCAGUUUUUCUCGCGAAUAAUCAAGUAUGUGUAUGUAAGAAUGAUCGAAAACAAUGAAGCACAGCCUUCAAAUGAAGCUUACGAAACGCAAGAAGAUCUACAGAAGAAGCUAUAUUUCAUGAACGAGCAGUUACAACUUAUGGUGCAGGAUUUACCGUCAAAAUAUCAACAACGAUUUCCAAAUGAAUUACUUUGUGGCCUCGCCGAAUGUCUUCUUGAUAAUACUGUUUUUGGCAUAGUCGAGCAUCUCAUGGAUAUACAGCAUUGUACGGAGAAACAGUUGUUUCGGAAACGAUUACGAGUUACGCAUGAUCAUUGCAAUCGGAUCAAAACAAUGAAAGAAUAUCCAUUACCUAACGAGGUUAAAAAUUUAAAGCUGCGAGUUAUGAAUUAUAGAUAUAAGAAAAAGCUGAGAUCAUGUGAUAAAGAAAUAAUCAAGAUAUUAGAUAUGAAAAGAAAAGAUCAACAAAACGUUUUAGUAUCGGUUGGAGUUCCUGGAUUUCAGGUCACCGAUGAUCCUAAAAAGAUCCAAGUGCAAAUUCGACUUCUAGAUUUUAUAUUUCGUUUGAGUCAAAUGAAAGGUAAAUUCUAGUCUUAUAUGUAUUAGUAUUCUAUUGAUUUGAUAUCAUUUUUUUCAAGUGUUAUAUAUGCACAUAAACCUUUACAUUGUUGAAAUGAAUUGUUACAUUCCUCUAUUUUUUUUUUGUUACCGUCAUUCCUCGUUAUGGAGAACAUUUAUUUAUUUUGCAUUUUGUAAGUUGUACUUAUCUCAUUUUUUCUGGUAAUUCUGAAUGUGAACAUAGACUGAAUUAAUAAUUAAUAUCAUGUAAAUAAUAAAAACAUCAUGGGUUUUUCGA